CCUUGCUGAAGGAAAGGCUUCUACCCAGUGGGUAUUGGCUACUGCUCUAUCCAGCCGGCAUCUCACGAUAUGGUCGUCUCGUUUAUCCUACGGCUCUAAACAAGAUGAUGUUAUCCUAUACGGCCAGUCUGUAGGUAGCGGUCCCACGUUAGAUCUUGCUUCCCGGUUACCUCUAUUGAGAGCCGGUGUACUCCACAGCCCCAUCCUCUCCGGUUUAAGAGUAAUGUACGCCGUUAAGAAAACCUACUGGUUCGAUAUCUACAAGGGGACUGCGGAUGAAGUAGUGGACUGUUGUCAUGGGAAACAACUAUGGGAACUGUGCAAAAACAAGUAUGAGCCGCUUUGGGUGAAAGGAGGGAACCACUGUGACCUUGAGCACUACCCUGAAUACAUAAGACACCUCAAAAAAUUCAUCACAACAGUUGAGAGAUUACCUCAAAGGAAGAGUGUGGACAGGAGAGAGAAGCCUAGACAGAGCACAGAGUGUAAGGCACCGCCAAAGAGUCAUGAGUCGAAGAAGACAAGCAGCAGCAAGCUCAGGAUCUCUUUUGAUCAUCAUCUUGGUCGUCGGUCUAGAAGGAGUGUUGACUGCCAUGACAAGACUCUGAAGAGCGUUGACCACUCCCAUGAGAUUGAGAAUGUGAUAGAGUACCGUCGGAUUCCUGAGUAAUAUAUAUGAUUAUAAUAUGUAUAGAUGAUGAUUCAAGUACAUAAUGAUAUUGAUAUGUAACUCUUUUUUUAAUGCAGUUAAUAACAUUUUUUUCAACAAAUUAGGCCUACAAUUUCCUCAGCUUUUUUUGGGUUCUCUUUUUUUUUUUUGAAACACACUUUUAAUUAUAGAUAGAGGGGUACGUGGAAGCAUUAACAGCUUCUUCAACCACCAAAGGUUCAACUACAAUCAUAGCACUCUUGGCCAAACUAUCAGCUAGAACGUUUUUAUCUCUAGGAAUCCAAACAAAAGAGACAGACAGAGAUUCCUCAACAAGAGUCAAGAUAUCAGAAACCACAGUAUGAAUCUCUGCAACGCCAUCUCCUGAGUUUACACACUUAAUCAGUUGAGUAGAGUCCGACUCAAACCCUACUUCUCGCAGUUCCUGAUUUCGGCAUGUGAGAACAGCUUCUCUCAGAGCUAAACCCUCCGCCAUUAGGGGGGAAGCUACAAACUCGCGUCGUUGGCGAAACUCUUGCUUCUGAGACGGGGAGAGGAGGCACCAGCCUAGGCCUGCCACAGUACUAGUUGACUCCCAAGCAGCAUCGGAUCUGCUAAUUAGCGCGCCACUCUGCGUUAUAGGAUCAAGUCCUGCUCUUCCUGAUGGCCCUGAAGGCUCAGAUUUUCUGUUGAUGGUCCACUCCCGGGCUAACACAAUAGCAGACGAGAGAGUGUCCUCAGGAGAAGCCGAGAAGCCUUCGAAGACAAAUUUGUUUCGUGCUUUCCAUAUUGUCCACAAAAUCCAGGGAAAGAGGGAGCCAGAGGGAAUUCCUGUUGGGGGUAAACACGCUUGCGUGCAGAGCAAGGGCCAGACAGAGAUCAAAUCUAUGAUUCCUCUAUAAUCCUUGUCGGUCGUAAAGGGGGCAAGCUGCCAGACCUUUUGUGAAAAACGACAAUGGAAAAGAAGAUGAGUGAUAGAUUCAAUUUCUCCGCAACGUUUACAUCUCGGGUCCACAUCAAUAUGGCGUUCGACUAGGCGUUCUCCAACUGGUAUUGCUCGCUUGAGGACCUUCCAUACAAAGUGCUUGACUUUAGGCGCACAACUCAGAUUCCAUACAUUCUUCUUCCAAUUAAAGUUCGCUUCAGCAAGUGGUGCAUCCAUAUCUUCCUCGAUGGCUAUAUAAUAACCUGACUUUGAGGUGUAAUCUCCAGACUUAGUACCCAACCAAAAUAGUUUGUCCGGAGCCCCGGUGACGCUUGGUUUCAGGCAGAGGAUCCUCUCUUCGUAUUCUGGUAACAGGCGUUGGAUCUUGUUUCUAUCCCACAGGCCUGUUCCUGUUAUCAAUAAGUCCGAAACAGAGAGUUCAGCGCUUUGCUCUGUAGGAGGUCCCAUGGGUCUCUCCUGUUUGCUCAUGCUAAGCCAAGGGUCGUGCCAUAUGUUGAUAGACCGACCAUCUCCAACCGCCCAGCCAAUGUUUCUUGCGAGUAGGUCGCGACCUAUCAGAACACCUCUCCAUCCAUGCGACAAGGAAGACGUUUCUUCUGCUAGAAGGAUGUUGCUCUCCGGGUAAUACUUACUUUUCAGGACCUUGCCAAGAAGGCAGUCAUGGUUCUCAUGUAAUCUCCAGCUGAUCUUGGCUAGUAGGGCGUCAUUGAACUUUUGAAAGUCUCGCAUUCCAAGUCCUCCGACAGCUUUUGGUGUAGCCAUUCUUUCCCAUGAAAUCCAUGCCAUUUUCUUUGUUCCCUCGUUGUUAUCUCACCAAAAUCUUGUAAUCACUGUCUGAAUUCGCUUGCAUAGGGAAACCUGAAGCUUGAAGUAGGACAUAGAGUAUGAGGGGACUGAAGAAAGCGCACUUUGUAGCAUAACGAGUUUCCCGGCCGGCGAUAGGAAUUUAGUUGACCAGCUGCGUGCUUUCUGUUGUAUACGGCUAAAGAUCGAGGCAAACAGAUCACAUUUUCUCCUCCCAAAAUGCUCAGAUUGGCCAGAAGCUUCUUCCUAGCUAUCCAAGAUAUACUUGAGGGCGUCACAGUUUUCUUCCGUAGCGCUGAGAAAGAACAUUGUAUCGUCUGCAAAGAGUAGAUGGUUUAUUCGGGGGCAGCCUCUAGCAACUUUGAUCCCUUGAAGUAAACCAUUCUCUUGAGCUCUGUUACAUAAUCCCGAAAGAACUUCGCUACACAUAAUAAAUAUGUAGGGAGAGAGGGGAUCGCCUUGGCGAAUCCCUCGGCUCGGUACUACCUUUCCUCUAGGCAAGCCGUUAAUGAGGAAGGAGUAUGUAACAGAUGAGAUACAUUGUAUUAUCAACGUGAUUAGGCUUCGGUGGAAUCCCAACCGAGCCAACACAAGCGCUAUGAAGUCCCAUUCGAGCCGGUCGUAAGCCUUGCUCAUGUCCGUCUUGACCGCCAUGGCACAGCGCUGUUCCGCUUUUGACAUCUUUAAAUAGUGGAGGACCUCGUGAGUAAUAAGAACAUUGUCACCAAUCGCACGGCCCGGUACAAAGGCCGACUGGUUCUCAGAGAUAAGCUUGUCCAUCAAAGGCUGGAGCCGUCUAGUCAAUAGCUUGGAAUAGAUCUUGUACUGGACGUUGCAAUGCACAAUUGGACGGUAGUCCGAGACCUUGCGCAGGUUGGUAAUCUUGGGUAUAAGCCGGAUAUGAGUGUCAUUGACCCCGUCUGGUAAGGGAGCACCAGAAAAGAAGUCAUGAAUUUCCGUCACUAUAUCUGGUCCAAUCUCAUCCCAGUGAGUGUGAAAGAACCCGGCAGAGAAGCCAUCCGGCACGGGAGCUUUGUCAGCGUGAAUAGAAAAGGCCGCAUCCUUUAUCUCCGCUGCAGACGGUACGCUCAUGAGAAUGGAGUUAUCCUCCGGUGUGAUAAUGGAGUGGAGAGCUCGGUUGACUGUUGCGGCUCUCUCACCCGGGCUUGAGGUGAAUAGCUGAUCAAAGUAGUCCCCAAUAACUUGUACUAUCUCCUCUUCUUUAUGGACCAUCUGCUCGUCGGUUCGCUCAAGGGCCGAGAAAGAGUUUUUUCUCUUCGUAGACUUAGUGAUGGCAUGGAAGUAGCCGGUAUUACGGUCGUCAAGCUUCAGCCAGAGAAGCCGGCUGCGUUGCUUCCAGUACUCUUCUUCGGCCAGAUAUGCUGAGUUUAGUUGAUUUGAUAUUUCCUGAAUCAAACCAGAGUCUUCGAUAGCGCUGGAAAGAGCAGCAUUAAGCUCUAGCUUCUUCUGCUCGAUAAUCAUCAUGCUGUUUCGCUGUUGAGAGCGAUUCCAGGCUGAGAUGACGCUUCUAGUGGUAGCAAGUUUCUCAGAAACAGAGGCAGAAGGAAGCCCUUUCCAAGUCUCCACAAUCAUCUUCUUAGCCUCCUCUUUUUUACAGAGCAUGCGGUCAUAUCUGAAUAGGCCUCGUCUCCUUCUGCCACCCUUAUCGAAGAAGGAGAUUAACGGCUUGUGAUCAGAACUUUCAUACCCGAGAUACUGACACCUUGCUGAAGGAAAGGCUUCUACCCAGUGGGUAUUGGCUACUGCUCUAUCCAGCCGGCAUCUCACGAUAUGGUCGUCUCGUUUACCUCUCCAAAAGAGCGGAUCUCCUGAAUGUUGAAGGUCAAAUAAGUCUCCUUCUGAGAAGAAAGGCCGGAGGUCAGAGAAAGAGCUUUCCAGCUGUACUGUCCCUCCAUCUUUUUCAUCAUUGCACAAAAUAUCGUUCAGGUCCCCGGUGAUGAACCAAGCUUCAUCACGGGUUUGGGUUCUCUUUCUGGAAGUCAAUUUUUGGUAUGUAUUCUAAUUAUAGGAAGUUUUGCUACAAAUACAGAAACAUUUCUAAAUAAGGCAAUUGGAUCUCCAUUUUUCUCUCAAA